ACUUAAUAGAAGCUAUUCUGAUGUUCUUCAGUGACACGACGAAGAUUCCGUCAAUAAAAAGAAAGACGACAAGCCAGUCAAAAGAAAAAUAACUGUUGGGGAAGAACAUACACUGACUUGCAUCAUAUGCGCUCCUGUUCCACCUGCACCUCUCCACGCCUGGGUUGAAACAAUUAUCCAACAUUACUGCGGGAUUUGGCAAAAUGGAGUGGUAUGUCCUGGUGUUGAUACUUAGCUUGCCAUCUUCGACCCAAGCAGACUGCUCUUCCCAUUGUCUGCAAUGCGCGCAGCAAAUCCUCAAUACAGACAUCCCAGUCAACAGUCUGACUUGUACCUUGGAAUGUGAGGGAACUCUACUGACCACGGCCGAGUUAGACAAAUGCGGGAAGACUCAACAAUCGCACGCUUUGGGCUCGGAGUUCAGCGAUGAAGAUGCGGGUCCGCGGUCCACGCCAGAGAGGGAGGACGACCAAGACGCUUCAAUUGCAAACGUGGUCAAGCGUUACGGUGGAUUCAUUAAACGAAUUGACAAAAACAAAAACAAAUUGUUAACCUCUCCGUGGCGCGAAAAUGGCGUUUAUAAAGGAGCAUACGCGUUCCCUAAGAAAUACCAGGACUUGCUUAGAAAAUUUGGAGAGAGAGACCUCUCGGAGUUUUCGGAGGACUAUCAGGGCGGAGAUGUUGAUUCUGAAAACGAGAUGGGAAUGUUCAAUGAUGAUGAAGCUGCAGCAAUAAACAAAGUCAAACGUUACGGAGGGUUCUUACGCAAAUUUGGUCCAAAGACAAAGUCAAAGAGAAGUGACUCCAGGGAGCAAGGUAGUCGAGAGGAGUUACAAAAGCGAUAUGGAGGUUUCAUGCGAAGGAUUCGGCCAAAGUUGAACAACUUGAACACCUUGAAGUGGGACAAUCAGAAGAGGUACGGUGGCUUUCUACGUCGCCACUACAAAUUGUCCGUUCGUUCAGAUGAGGAGCCUAGUUCAUAUGAUGACUUUGGUCUAUAGAAAAAACGAACUUCUUUCGCUAAUUCACUUGAAUUCUCACAAUUAUCCGUAUGUGUGCUACCUAUAGCCUACUGCUUACCUGGUUGCACAUUGUUGCGGCAGAUUUCAUAUCUGUAAAGCAAAGGCCAAUAGGCCUACCUGCUUGUGUCAGUCAUGUUUAAACGCCUUCUGUGUUACGGACUUACCCGUGACGAACCAAUUAAUUUCUGUGUUAUUAGUAAAAUAUUAUUUAUUACAAUAUAUGAUGCUUGUUUAAUAAAUCAUUGAAUAAAUACUUUAUUUGUCAAAGUCGUAAG